AUGUCCUGGGGCUACAUCAAUCCGGGGGAAGCGAGCACGAUCCGUGCUCCCAUUGCGAAUCAGAUUGUGGGGCAACUGCUGACAGGGGUAGAGUGGGGCCCCUUAGACAUCUUAAUCAUUGACAGUCCACCAGGCACCGGCGAUGUGUUGUUGUCCAUCGCUCAAACUUUGUCCGUGGACGGCUCUGUGUUGGUGACCACCUCCAACUCCAUCAGCUUGGCGGAUGUCAACAAGGGCUUGCAGCUCUUUACCAAGGUGGACAUUGAGCCGCUCCUGGUGGUCAGGAAUAUGGCCAGCGUGUGUUGUGAGGCCUGCCAGCAUGAGCAAGCCAUCUUCACGGACUCUGCGAUGGAGGGGCUCACGGAUUUUUUGACGGAGAGGUCUGUAGGUUUAGUGGACCUGCCUCUGGAUGAGAAGCUGUCGCAGGCACCCCUCUCGUUUCAGCCGGCGAACGCUUUGCUGUAUCCCUUCAUGCGAAAUCCCCAGCAUCAGGAGCGUUCCGCCUGGCGGGCGCUGCGCAAGGCGACGCGCUGCGUCCUGGAAGCUGCUUUGGGCCUGAAGGGUGCAGGCGGCACCAGCAAGGGUCCAAAGAGACAGGCACCAGCCUCCCUUCGAAUCCGACCUGGUGGAUUGCUUGAGGUGAGACUAAGGGGGGGCGACCUGAAACCUUUGUCCUGUGGUGAGCUGCGUGCCAACUGCCGCUGUGCAUUGUGCGUGGAUGAGAUGACAGGAGAGAUCAAGAUCGACCAGGAGAAAAUCCGAGGGGACUUGACGCUCAAGGCCAAAUCUCUCGAGCAGGUGGAUCCGGAUGGAUCCGGUGGAUCCGGUCCGCAGGGAUCCUGUUGGGAGGCUUUUCUGAGUUUCUCUGGCCUUGCGAAUCUUCGAUGCAGCUCCCGAGCUCAGACUGCCAGCCACGAGCUGGUCAGGCGCCUCUGCCAGCUGAGCCGCAACGGAUCCGCGCAGGGGCGAAAGUUCGCGCUGCGCGCCCUGGGAUGGCUCUGUGCUCCAGACCGCUGGUGGCAUUCGCCCAGCUGCACCGGCAGGGCGUUGGAGGCCACCCGGCGCUGCCUGCGACACCGCUGUUUGGGCAUUCGUCGCGCCGCGGUCGGCACCUUGCGGUGGCUGGGCUCUCCACAGGAUGUUCCAUCCAUGUGCGCAUUGGUAACUUGCUUAGAGGAUCCUCAAUGGCAGGUGCGUGUUGCAUCAGUUCGAGCAUUGGGAGAGAUGGCGAAGAGAGGUGACGACUUUGUCUCUUCUGCUGUUGCCAAGUCCUUGCUAGACGAAGCUGCCGCGGUUCGUCUCGCCUCCGUGAUUUCGCUCGGACAAUUGGCCUUGCCGGACAGUGAUGUGCUGGUGGCCGUUGCCGGGCGUUUGGCUGAUCUGUCGGGAGAUGUGCGCAAAGCCGCACUGGAGGUCUUACAACAGCUGGUGCAGUAUAACGAGGCGCUGCUUGCCAUGAUUCGUGGACAUUUGGUUAACCCAAUGAGUAAAGUGCGGCAGGACGCUUUGAGGGCGCUGGGACAAAUUGCAGACAACAAUCCAAGUACCAUCUCUACCCUCUUGGUUCAUUUGGCAGAUCACAGUCGUUCUGUUCGGAGAGCCGCUGUGGAAGUGUUGGGCUCACUGGCUGGGAAGGGCAAUGUGAUUGCCUUGGCAGCCCUGACGGAUGUGCGCUUGCACGACCCCGAGGCAUGCGUUCGUCGAGCAGCACGGGCAGCGCUGACAUUGCUCUCACCAGGUCGUGCUAAGAUCAGUUGCAUGGAAGCAGAAAAAGAACGCCGCAUUCUGGGUAAAGCAUGGUAA